GCUUUCAGUAUAACUUAGGAGGAGAUAUGUUGAAUCUUCACUGACCGCGUUGGACUGGCGUCCUUGUGGGAUGCCAAGCGCGCGCUUGGAUCCCUCAGCCCCAGAAAAAGUGGCAUAAUGUUUGGAACAAUCUGCUUCAAAUCCUAGAGCAGAACAUCGUCCUGCGCUGAAAAUGCCAAAAAGCAAUGCAAUUCCAAUCUCCAAGCAACUUACCUCUAUUAAAGCUCUGGGGAAAGGCACUGAACUAGAGAAAGCCAUUGCCACCGCCGUCCUUGUGUAUAAUUCAUAUGCAGACAAUGAUGGGAAAAUUAGCAAGGCUGAAGUGAAAGAUUUGUUGCUUACACAGUUCAAGAACUUUACACAGGGUCAAGAAACAAAACCAAAGUACAAAGAGCUUGUGAAAGAUUUAGAAGAAGAUAGCAAAGGACAAAUGGAUUUUGAAGAUGUCAUGAUUCUACUGCUCAGUGUGACUCUCAUGUCUGACCUUUUUAUUGAAAUCCGACAAACAAAACAUACCAAAUAAAACUGAAAACUUGAGGCAACAACUCAUCAUGGCUACACCACCUCAGUCUCAAAGUCCCCUACCCCAUAUUCUUUUCCAUCCCUUAAUGUCCAAAUAUAGUGUUAUGAAGGUAUAUCGGGCAUAACUAUUUCCAUAUGUAAGUUUUUUACUUAAAUGUGCACUGUCAAAUCCAAAAGACGUUUUAUAUGUUGUGACCUUUUGUAAUAUGGUUGUUUAAAGAACUUGAAAAUUUAAUCAAGAAAAUGGCUCCUGAAAAUCCCACCACUAGGAGUGCCCAUACCUACUGGGACACUAACCAGUCCUGCAGCAGCAUCUGGCUUGUCCAUGAGUCAUGGACAAGAGAUGACUCAUGGAUAAGGCUGCAAGAGCAGAUGCACCAAUCACCUCCCACAACAACCAGGGAGGGACACGCCCCCUCCCACCACAAAUAAUUACCUCCCACCAGCACAGGGAGGGACGUAGCUAUCACACUUCCUUCCAUAGACAUAAAUGGAGGGGGCGUGAUGGCUGUAGUUGCCAGUUAUCCAGCACGGGACAAAGUUCCAUGGGGUGCUGCAGUUAUACAUCUUGGAUAUCCUUUGAAUAGGGGAUAAGAUGUUUUUGCCAGAGUACCCCUUUAACAGAACUGCGCUGUAAUACCACACACAAUCUGAGGACAGAAGAAGACAUUAGCUCUGUUUUUCGAAUCCUAAAUAACCCCUUUAAGGGCUUAUGCUAAAGACAGGACAUCAGUAUUAGGCUAAGUUCACACAUUGUAUAAUAAUGAAAAAGGUAUAAGACAGGUAUGAAAAGGAGCAGUUAUUUUUAAAUCUAAUGUGUUAUAAUAAAGUCCAUGGAAAAGUGUCUGUCAUUUGUACACAUUGCAUAAAAACUGCUGUAAUUUUAAUGUUGAGUAGAACACAUUAUUAGAUUUUAUACCUAUUUUAUUGAAG